UUUUUUUUGGCUUUAAUUUCACUCGUUCUGCACGAUGGCUUCGAGAUUCAUUUCACGAGUGAAAGCACCCGCUCAACACAUUAUCAAGCGCGGUUACGCAUCUGAGCAUCACGCCGCUCAGAAUGCUGGCCAAUCCCUCUCCGAAGAAUCCUUCAACGCUGGCAUCUGGAAAAAGACAGUUGCCGUUGUUGCUCUCGGUGCUGUUUGGUACCAGGUCGAUCAGCAUUUGACCAGCUCGGGCGAGAACAAGCAUCCCUUAACUCGAUGGAUGGCUUCUCAUAUGGUGUCUGAUGCUGAAAACGAUCGAGUAGCCGUUGAAGCAUUGGAUAAUGCUGGCAAACUCGCUGCCCGCCGAUUGAUCACCCAAGAAGCUCAGCGCGCCCCCAUGUAUCGUAUGAGAUAUCCCGAAUCCUUCGAAGCCGCAAGUCCUCGCGCUUUGACCGGUGGCACUCAUGUCGAUUUGUCUGAUCUCAAGAUCCGAUCCGAUUAAAAUAUGUAAUUCUCUCUAUAGACACAAUAAAAAGGAAAAAAAGGACAAGAGUCUUCUGUUUUUGUUUUGUAUGGGCUUCUAUUCAAAAUACACAAUCCAGCAGUUGGAAAAAUGACAGGUUUUUAACCAGAAAG